GCCGCUCGACAGUCGACCCGCGCACCUCACUCAUGGCGGUGCAGUGUCUCUGGGUGGUACUCCUCGUCGGCGUGCUCGCCCUGCACGCCGGCCGCCCCGCCAGCGGCGCCAGCACCGCGCCGCGCAAGAAUGACAUCGUGCCGUUCAUAGUCGGGGGCGACGACGCCGAGCCCGGCGAAUUCCCUGAAGUGGUGUCCAUCCAGAUCCAGAGCCCCGACGGCACCUUCCAGCACCUCUGCGGGGGCUUCAUCAUCGACAAGGAGUGGAUCGUCACCGCCGGCCACUGCCUGGACCACUUUGGGGUUGGCAGGAUCGACCCCGCGGCGGUGAGCGUCUUGGCCGGGGCCAACGACCUGUCGCAGCCGGGGAUGCUGUCCUACCGAACGGGCAUCGCGGGCUACGAGAUCCACGAGGACUACGACCCCGACCAGGGCAUCUCCAUCGAGAACGACAUCGCCCUCAUCAACCUGCCCGAGCCGCUCCCCCUCAACGCCUACAUCCAGGAAGCCACGCUGCAGCACCGCACCCCGCAGCCUGGAGCGACUGCCCAGGUCGCGGGCUGGGGGCAGACUUCGAACGACAACCUAGAGGCCAGCAACACACUCCAGUGGACCUCGCUGGGCAUCGUGUCCAAGGCGGACUGCCAGAACGCCCUCGAUGGGUUCGCCACCAUCCUGGACGACCAGCUCUGUGCCGCCUCGUCCGACGGCCUGGAAGCCGAGUGCAAGGGUGACUCCGGCGGCGCUCUGAUCGUGGACAAGAUGGUGGUGGGCAUCGUAUCGUGGUCCAAGAAGCCCUGCGGCAAGUACCCGGGAGUCUUCGCCAGCGUCCCGAAGCACCUGCCCUGGAUCCGGGAAAAGUCCGGCCUCGACUACCUGUGACCACUGGAGACAUUUCUCGGGGAAUGAUAUUAUGAAUCUGACGAGCCUCUUUUACCCUG